CGGGCGCCGGACCCCCAGGCGGAGCGACAGGUCUCGGGCCCUCAGGCGGAGCGGCGGGCGCCGGACCCCCAGGCGGAGCGACAGGUCUCGGGCCCUCAGGCGGAGCGGCGGGCGCCGGACCCCCAGGAGGAGCGACAGGUCUCGGGCCCUCAGGCGGAGCGGCGGGCGCCGGACCCCCAGGCGGAGCGGCGGGCACCGAGACACCAGGCACGACAGUGGGCUCCGAUGUCAACUGGUUAUGACCGCAGGCACUGGGGUCAGACAUUGGAUGGUCUGGCUGGACAGCGGGCAUCUCGGGUCACCAGGCAUCAGGUCAUUUGGCUCGACAGCGGGCACCGACGUCAUCUGGCAAGCAGUGGGCUUCCCGAGUCAACUGGUAUGACCCUGCGGGCACUGUUUUGGUCAGACAUUGGAUCGUCUGAUCCGGACAGCGGGCAUCGGGUCACCAGGCAUCAAGUCAUUUAGCUCGACAGCGAGCACCCCCGCGUCAUCUGGCAAGGCAGUGGGCUCCGAGUCAAC